GAUUAUAAUAUUACUUGGACUGACCAGAUUAUUGAUGAUUCCUUACCAAUAGAAACUAAUACAAAUGAUAAACCAACUAUUAGUUUCUAUAGUGAUAAUACUACACCUCCACCGGCUGUACAGAACAUCUUUACGGAUAUAAAAAUUCAACAAGCUCCAUUUUUAAUUCCACCAAUUUAUCCUGGUGCUCGAUUCAUAGUUUAUUGCAUUUUAGAAAAAGGUGUUGAAGCUUGUAAAGAAAUUUUAUUGAGUGCAAGUUCUCACGAUGGUCCUAUGAAACUUUCUAUUCCAUUAAAUCACGUAAUUUUAAAAGGAUCAAAAAUACAUACACUUGCUGCCAGAAAACUUAUUCAAGACAUUGAAGAUGGAACUUCAUUUAUUCAUAAGCAUCCAAGAAAUAUGGGAAAAAGUUUACCAAACUCACUUAUUCGUAAGCAAAUUGUAAAAAAUAUUGAGUUAAUGACUGAAGUCAAAAGUUUACCAGGCCAAAAAAUAGUUCCACUUCUAGAUCCUCCUCCUUUAGCUGCUAACUUUUAUUCACAAGCUUCUCCAGCUGCACAAUCUCCGUCAGAUGCUAAUAAGAAUUCAACUUUAGCUGGAUAUUUCUCUUCACUUAAGGCUCCAAUUCAUAUAAUGUAUAACUUAUUAAUGUUACUGGGUUCUUCUCAUGGAACAGUUCCUCAAUUUCCAGAAAGUAGUGAUUCUGCUAUACAGGCUACUGAUGUAUCAAAAAUAUCCAAAACAUCAUUUUCUUCAAGUCCAAAUCUUUCUAAUAGAAGUCAACUGUCUUCUCAACCUCGCUCUAUGUCUUUGAAUAUUAAUUUAUUUGGUGUGCGCGGCAUAGAACACAAUUAUGCUCCUAAUUCAACUUCAGCUGUACCUCAAUUUUCAGCAGGUAAUGAUUCUGUUAUACAGGCUGCUAGUUUAUCAAAAACAUCCAAAGCAGCAUCACUUUCUUCAAGUCCAAUUCUUUCUAAUAGAAGCCGACUAUCUUAUCAGUCUCGUUCUAUGUCUUUGAAUGAUGGGUUUAAUCUAAGUAGAAUACGUGAAAGCGAUGAUUCUUAUGAAUCAUUAUUCGAUGACUCUUAUGAAAUUUAUAAGUCUUUUGAACCAGUUUUACCAGCUAUUUCUGUAAAAUCAAAACCUCCAAAGAUUGAAACUCUUUAUAAAUUUCUUGAUUUUCAAUCAUUUGAUGGUUCAUUUUUACCAUCUGCUAAAUUUUAUUAUUGGUUUAGUAAAAAUGAUUUUAAAGAUUUUGAAGUUAAUGGAGUUGAAAAUGAAAAGGUAUUAUGUUUGGCAUUAGCAAUAGCAUAUUUGGAAAUUAUAAUAUUUGAAACAUUUAAGGAUGAAUGUGAGAUGUGUUAUGAAAAAGCUAAAAAAGCUUUGAAAAAAGAGGUUGUUGGUGAUGACAAAAAGAUUAAUGAGAUUUUGGAAAAAGCUAAAGAAUGGGUUAAAAUGUGGGCUGACGAAUAA